CCUGACCACGCAACAGCCGAUAGAAAGCAAGCUCUUCAUGCGCUGCUUCCGCUUCGGUUUCACGGCCAUCGUCGCGCUUCACCUGCAGAUAAACGCGGUAACCGCUUUGUCGCUCAAUGAUGACCCGAUCACAAAAUCUACCUCGUGCGAUCUCGGCAACAAGAAUUUUCCAGGCCGAGGAACUGAGAUUGAAGACGACGGUACGUGCACGGUCACAGUGCCAGAGAACCCAAGCACUGCGAACCGCAAACUGGAGUCCAUCUUGAACGAAGACAUCGCCAAACUGGAGGAGUUUUUCAAAUUCAAGAUGGAGGUGAAGCUUAAGAACUUGCCCACCUCGGCUACGUAUAAGCCAUCACCAUGGGCUGGUUCGAACUGGCCUGCUUACCAGGACGGGAUCAACCACAAGUGGAACAAAGACCAACCGAGCCCUGCUGAGAAGUACGCGACGGCUUUCAAUCUGAACGUGAAAGCCUUCAUGGACAAUGUUUCGGCUCUAAACGGAGUUGACUCGAGGAGUAGCCGAUCGGUAUGCACUUCUGACAAGGAGUGCUUUGACCCCGACGUCGACACGGUGUGUGGUAUGCGUGAUGGUGCAAGUUCAGGAUACUGCAUCCCGACCUGGCACGGCAUUUGCCACGCGUGGGCAGCCGCUGCCAUUUUUGAACGAGAGCCUAACUGCCCCGUCACGUUUAACGGGAUCACGUUCCAGCCUAUGGAUAUCAAGGCGUUGGUUACUACUGUUUAUGACGACUCAAACAUCUCCACCGUCUUUACUGGCGCACGCUACAAUGGCUACAACGACUCGAUUGAUGAGUACGGCAGUCACACGGAUGAAUCAUAUCGUGACCUCAACCCCGGGUUUUUCCACAUUGCCGCUUCUAACCUCCUGGGUUUGCUGAAUAAAACGUUUAUCAUCGACAGAGAUGCUGGCACCGAGGUCUGGAACCAGCCUGUAGUCGGCUUCAAGGUGUAUGAGCAAACAGCUAUGACCCUAGAGAAGGCUGCGCAGACCUUCUAUGGGCUUCCAGAUUACCCGUGGAAUAAUGCCUCCAAGAGCAUCGUGUAUACGAAGUCACGUCUGUCGUGGAUCAACGAGACAUACACGGACGGUGGCCUUGUGGCGUCAGGCCUGAACGAAAACUUUACCGUCGGAGCGGACUAUGACUACCUUCUGGAACUAGAUGAAAACGAGGAGAUUAUCGGUGGUGAAUGGUUGUAUGGGUCGCAUGAUAACCACCCCGAUUUUCUUUGGCUGUUGAAGGAGAAGCCAGCAUUUGAUACCGCUAUCAGUAUUGGCUUGAGCUAUGCUAAUGUGACCAUGCUACUCGAGAAGGCAGUUGACUGCUUCGACGCUCCUCUGACUGUGAGAUUGAACACGCACAAGGCUACUUAGAUUUUAGCAUAGUAGAUGGUCUUCUCCAGACUGGAAUGCAGUCUAAACAAAAUGAAGAAAAUGAAGGAAGCACGGACACAGGCAAAGUAACAGAACAGGUUCCAAAUACA